CAGCGUCUCAUUGAACCAGAGCGGAGCUCAGGAGGAGAGAAACAUGGCGACCUCGAAUAAUCCGCGAAAAUUCAGCGAGAAGAUCGCGUUACACAACCAGAAGCAAGCGGAAGAGACAGCUGCGUUCGAGGAGGUGAUGAAAGACCUGAGUAUUACUCGGGCGGCCCGUUUACAGUUACAGAAGACCCAGUAUUUACAGCUUGGUCAGAACCGAGGACAGUACUAUGGCGGCUCUUUGCCAAAUGUCAAUCAGAUUGGAAACGCCACCAUUGACCUUUCCUUUCAGACUCCUUUUCAGAAUUCAGUAUUAGACACAAGCAGAACGACUCGUCACCAUGGGUUGGUGGACAGGGUCUAUCGGGACAGGAAUCGCAUCACAUCGCCACACCGCAGGCCCCUCUCUGUGGACAAACAUGGCCGUCAAAUUGAUAGCUGUCCAUAUGCCUCUGUGUAUCUGUCACCACCACCUGAUACCAGCUGGAGGAGGACCAACUCAGACUCUGCCCUGCACCAGAGCACUUUGAACCCACAAGAUGCAUUUGCAGGAGGGUCUCAAGAUUUUCAGCCGAAACAAGUUUUUCUUCUCACUAUGCCAGGAACAGGGGAAGCUGAAAGUGACAUGGACAAAGAAUGUCAAAAACUGUCAUGGGAUCACAAAAAGAAUACUUCACCAAGGCACAAGUCAAACAAAAUACCUGGAAUCAACAUAUUUCCGUCUCCAGACCAGGAAAUGACUUCAUCUCUAAUCCCAGUGGCACACAACACGGGCGGGUCUCUGCCAGACCUGACCAACAUCCAGAUUCCCCCUCCUCUCCCCACACCUCUGGACCCUGAUGACUCCUCAUCCUCUCUCAGUGCCUCCAACAGCACUGGCAACCUGUCCAACACUCACAUGGGCCUCACGUCUGCCAGCCAAGCCCAGUCCACGGUGACAGUGAGCUUUCAGCGCCGGCAUGAGAAUGUAGUUCCUCUGAUCCUUAACACAGACUCCCAGCAGCAUCUUCAGCAGCUGUCACCCACCCUCUCUCCUACGCUCUCUCUAUCAGCACAGGAGGUGGCGAUAGAUGCCAUGACGCUUGAACAGCAGUUGGCUCAGUAUGCUUUCUUCAGUCAGCCGUCCUCACAGACGCAGACUACUGGUGGACUUCCUCAUCUCCAGCAGAACACCCAGCUGCCACCUGUCUCAGGAAGCCAGACGCAAACCUCUGUGGGCAUGGAUAUUAACACGGCUGCUUCCCUCCAGCAGUACCGCUGUAGGGUGGGGUCUUCGGCCAAUCAGUCUCCGACCUCUCCGGUCUCCAAUCAAGGCUUCUCACCGGGGGGCUCGCCUCAACACUCGUCCAUUCUCGGAAGUGUCUUUGGUGAUGCCUUUUACGACCAGCAGCUGUCUCCUCGGCAGACCAGCGCUUUGUCUCAGCAGCUGGAGCAGUUCAACAUGAUUGAGAAUUCCAUCAGCUCAAACAGUCUGUACAGUGAGGGAUCCACUCUAAACUACUCUCAAGCUGCGAUGCUCAACCUCACUGGGUGCCACGGCAACCUGCAGGACAUGCAGCAGCUAAGCUACAGCAGCCAUGGGAACAUCCCCAACAUCAUUCUCACAGGUGACAUGAGCUUUGACGCAGAUUCCCAGUUCCCUCUGGAUGAGCUGAAAAUCGAUCCUCUGACACUGGACGGCCUGCACAUGCUCAAUGAUCCAGACAUGGUUCUAGCCGACCCCGCAACAGAAGACGCUUUCCGGAUGGACAGGCUGUAAUCUUUAGGUAUAUGAUGUUCAUUUGUCCUUCUUUGAGAUCGGUGUGAUUUAAGAGGAGAGAAGCAGCAUGUCUGUGGGACACUUGACCCUGUUUCUCAAAGCCCAUCCUUUGGGAAGAGAUUGCUGAGAAUGUUGCCACCACAUGCUAGGGAAAAAUGGUAAAGCUUUUGAGCAAGCAGCCCAUCAUUUCUUAGGAUAAUACACUCACACCUCAGCAAUCAUGGAUUCCUUUAGCUCUAUGUGAGAGAAUGUGACACUACAUAUGAUCCCUCGUGGUUCAAUCAUGCGUUCUUCCAUUUCAUUUCCUGUAGAAGGCCCCCUACCAUCUCCUCCUGAUGCACACUACAUGCCUGUUACUUUCCUUUUUUUCUUUUACUAAAAAUAUUUAUUUUAUGCACUUUUAUACAUGCAUAUAUACCACCAAAAGCAUUGUUUAAGCAUUAUUUAUGUUUUUUGCUUUUAAGAGCAGUAAUGGUUAAAAAGGAGUGUUAAUCCUCCCCAUUUUAAGGGCUUUUAGACAUGAACACAAAUGUACUUCAGUACAGACUGAACAUGAUUGUAAUGUUUUAUAGAUGUCUAUUUUCAGCUUAAACCGUGCUAAUGUGGCUCAAAAUGAUCAAAUUAAUCUAGUUGAAAAAAGUCUAACUGGAAAUCCUAAUAUCAGAGGACACAUUUGAUACAGUUUAAAAGGGAUAGUUCACCAAAAAAUGAAAAUCCUGUCAUAGUUGACUCACCCUCAUGCUCUUCCAUUUCAGUAGGACUUUUUCUGUGCAAAAUAGACGAUAUAUUUUGAAAAUAUAUUUGUUUUUGUCCAUGCAAAAAGUCAAUGAGGCCCAAUACAAUA